UGGUAUCUCACGUUCGGCUUGCGUGCUCUGGUCGAUCUCCUGGGUUGCAUCUCUUCUGUGUUCUCUUCUGUGUGCACGACAAAUGGACGCGCUCGUGGUGCAGCGGCUCGGGGACCCCACGCUGGCCCCCGGCGGCGAGGCCUCCCCGUUCGCGCCGGUCUCCGGGGACCACCCCGCGCCGGGGCUCCCGUCGCCGAAGUCCGUGCGGGUGCGCGUGGCGGCCACCAGCCUCAACUUCGCCACCUACCUGCAGGUGCAGGGCAAAUACCAGGAGCGGCCCGCGCUGCCCUUCGUGCCUGGCUCCGACUACGCCGGGGUCGUCGACGCCGUCGGCCCCGCCGUGCGGAGGUUUCGCCCCGGGGACCGCGUCUGCGCCGUCGCCUCCCUCGGCUCCUUCGCGGGUCUCCUCGUCACCGAGGAGAAGCAGCUAUUUUUGGUGCCUGAUGGAUGUGACUUGGUUGCUGCUGGAGCAUUGCCUGUUGCAUUUGGUACCUCGCAUGUGGGCCUUGUACAUAGAGCUCAACUAAAGGCUGGUCAGGUGCUACUUGUUCUUGGUGCUGCUGGUGGUGUCGGGGCAUCUGCUGUACAAAUAGGAAAAGUUUGUGGUGCUGUUGUUAUUGCUGUUGCUAGGGGAACUGAGAAAUUGCAGUAUCUCAAGUCUAUUGGAGCUGACCAUGUAAUUGACUCAAGCAAGGAAAGUAUUAUAGAAAGUGCCAAAUCAUUUUUAAAGGCCAGAGGCCUCAAAGGUGUUGAUGUCUUAUAUGAUCCUGUUGGGGGCAAAUUAACACAAGAUAGUCUGAAAAUUCUCAAUUGGGGUGCACAUAUUCUGAUCAUUGGAUUUGCCAGUGGAGAUGUACCAGUUAUUAGAGCAAACAUCGCACUUGUUAAGAAUUGGACAGUUCAUGGUUUGUACUGGGGAAGCUACUUAAUUCAUCAGCCACCUGUACUAAUUGAUUCCCUCAAUGAACUCCUAUCAUGGCUUUCAAAAGGGUUGAUAACAGUCCAAAUUUCCCACACUUACAGGCUCCAUGAGGCCCAUCUGGCUUUUGCAGCCCUGAGAGACAGGAAGGCCGUUGGUAAAGUGAUGAUUGUGAUGGACUCGUCAGCAAAAUCAAGGCUCUAAUGCACUUCAGAAUUCAUAAGGGUUCUGUUCAAAAUCAAGGCUCUAAUGCUUCUAAUGCACUACUUGCCAUAUGUAUAAACUGACAACGACAGUAUUAUCCAAGGCAGGGGCAAGCCCUUCUGAAUAAUGUGCUUUACAAGUAUUAGUUCUUGUCUGUAGACCAGUGAGUAAAGAAGUUGAAAAUAAAUUUGAGUGUUGUAGGUUAGGUGGUUCACUGUCGAGCUUCUUCACUGCAACAUAGCCGAAACACCGUUGUGGUGUGUUGUGCAGGAUGUUUGAGAAGACAGAAGAGGAUAUGUGUAAAUAAAAUUUUUAUAUACGUGUUCUUUGUGAAAAGGUCAAACGGUAUAUUUGUAAAUAAAAUUUAGUGAAAAGGGGGUGACUGUUUCAACUCAUUUAGUGAAAAGGUUAA